AUGAGUCAUAGAGUACAACUUCUUUUGGGAGCAUACCAUAUGACAUUUCCUUUGAAAAGUGUUGACAAAACGAUUGAGAUGAAAUCUGUUCCAUACGUAUGUUGUGGUAAUUGUUUAUACAUUGAGUCUAAAAUAGCUAAUGUCACAGGCAUUUCAGGAGUUAAUAGUAAAGGUUCAGUAGAAUAUAAAUCCUUCUGUUAUGCAGUCAAUUCAAUGUUCAUUCCAAACGUUCCUGUCAUAGCAACUCAUUUAGGUAAAUGGGUUCGCAUUAGUCCUCAUAAUUUGAAAGACAUGCAAUUCAGACUUGUUGACUUUCAAGGAGAGCCUGUAGAACUGAAGGCACCAGUGCGAAUGACUGUUGAAGUUGACUUUUUAGAAAAUAUUAAAUGCAACAGCUUACAAGAGAACUCAGAGCUAAAAAUAUAA